GUGGCGUUCCCGUCCCUGUACCCCACCCCCUCCUAUCUCCUCCGCCGCCCUGGCUUUCUCUAGCUGCAACCGCCGCGGGAGUCGGAGCCGGAGCCGGGGCCGGGGCUCGAAUCGGGGCCGCCGCUGCCCCCGUCCCUGUCAGGCACUGCGGGCUGAGAACGAGGGCCGCCAUGGGGACUCCCGGAGGCGGAGCGCGCUGAGGCCUGGGGCUCCCCGGGGGGCGCCUACGUCCAGGUGGAAAGCCAGUUUCUAGCCGUGAGGACAGACUUGAGGGGACCGGAGGCGGGUCCUCGCCUGGCCAUGGCUCACCUGAGGGAGUUUGCUAACCAGCACUCACGCGUGGACCCCGAGGAGCUCUUCACCAAGCUCGAGAGGAUUGGGAAGGGCUCCUUCGGGGAGGUGUACAAGGGCAUCGACAACCGCACCAAGGAGGUGGUGGCCAUCAAGAUCAUUGACCUGGAGGAGGCAGAGGACGAGAUUGAGGACAUCCAGCAGGAGAUCACCGUCCUCAGCCAGUGCGACAGCCCCUAUAUCACACGCUACUAUGGCUCCUACCUGAAGAGCACCAAGCUGUGGAUUAUCAUGGAAUAUUUGGGAGGCGGAUCAGCCUUGGAUCUGCUAAAGCCUGGGCCUCUGGAGGAGACCUCCAUCGCCACGAUCCUGCGCGAGAUUCUUAAGGGUCUGGAUUACCUCCAUUCGGAGCGGAAGAUCCACCGAGACAUCAAAGCUGCCAACGUGCUGCUCUCGGAGCAAGGUGACGUGAAGCUGGCCGACUUUGGUGUGGCCGGGCAGCUCACGGACACGCAGAUCAAGAGGAACACUUUUGUGGGGACCCCGUUCUGGAUGGCGCCGGAGGUCAUCAAGCAGUCUGCAUACGACUUUAAGGCAGAUAUUUGGUCCCUGGGAAUUACAGCCAUCGAGCUGGCCAAAGGAGAGCCUCCCAACUCCGACCUUCAUCCCAUGAGAGUUCUGUUCCUGAUCCCCAAAAACAACCCUCCCACCCUGGAGGGGCACCACAGCAAGCCCUUCAAAGAGUUUGUGGAAGCCUGUCUCAAUAAGGACCCUCGCUUUAGGCCCGCGGCCAGGGAGCUGCUGAAGCACAAAUUCAUCACUCGAUACACCAAGAAGACCUCCUUCCUCACGGAGCUGAUCGACAGAUACAAGCGCUGGAAGUCGGAGGGUCGGGGGGAGGAUUCCAGCUCUGAAGAUUCUGACAUCGAUGGAGAUGCAGAGGAUGGUGACCAGGGCCCCAUCUGGACGUUCCCCCCAACCAUUCGCCCGAGCCCACACAGUAAACUGCACAAGGGCACGGCCCUGCAGGCCUCACAGAAGUCUGCAGAGCCCAUCAAACGGCAGCCACGGUCCCAGUGCCUCGCCACCCUCGUCCGGCCCGUCUUUGGAGAGCUCAAAGAGAAGCACAAGCAGACCGGAGGCCACGUGGGAGCAAUGGAGGAACUGGAGAAUGCGUUCAGCCUCGCGGAGGAGUCUUGCCCUGGCAUUUCCGACAGACUGAUCGCGCAUCUGGUGGAACGGGUGCAGAGGUUCUCCCAUAGCAGGAACCACCUGACGUCGGCUCGCUGACCGGCACGGGGAGGGAGGCCGGCCGUGGGCCUUUUCCCGACUUUCUCAGAACUGACCUCAAACCCCUCGUGCUCUGCAUCCGGGAACCCUGGGCUCCACGGCUGGCUUUGGACCUUGUCCGGUUGGUGGAGAGCCGUUGUCGUCGUCGUCAUGGUCAUUGUGGUCAUUACUGUUCUAAUCAAAGCUUGUGAAAGGCCGGGAGGAGGCCCGCCUGUGGGGAGGAGGGGGGCGGUCCCGGGCUCCUUCCAGCAGGCUGGCCAUGUACAAGGCCAGAGUGGGGCGGUCAGGGCCACCCGCUUCCCCCUCCCCAGCUUGCUGGGCGGAUGUCGGGAAAGGUGGGAACCUUUGUCAGGGGCCUCCGUGCGGCCCUGCGCCCUCCCUCCGCCCGGGUGCUAGACACGGUUCCUGGGCCAAAGUUAGGGAGCAUGCAGAUGAGGAGGGGUGGGAGCCCUGCUCCCUCCCCCACGCAGGCCAGCCAAGGACAGCUUCCCCUUUCCUCAGCCCCACUCACAGGGUCUCCUGUGGGGCUCGGACCUCGUCUUGUUUGUGAUGGUAGUAGAUGCCUUUGUCGUGUUCUCCCUGUGCACGCCAGAACCACCCAAAAGGAGGGGUUUGGUGGUGGUGGUUUGGUUUGGUUUUGUAAACAGCUAGAACCCUCACUUGUUUCCCUCAGUAUUCAAAGAUUUUGGUUUUCAAAGAGCAUUGAAAGGGAUUGGCCACUUUCAAUAAAGAAAUGACCUGA